GGAGAAAAGUCCUGAUAGUCUAUGCACAUCAAGAGCCCAAGUCUCAAUGGAUCUUUGAAGAGGGUUGCUGUGGAAGAACUGAGCAAGCAGGGCUGCAGUGUCACGGUGUCUGAUUUAUAUGCAAUGCAGUUUGAGCCGAGAGCAACAAAAAAUGACAUUGUUGGUUGUUUGCACAACUCAGAAGAGUUCAAUUAUGGCAUGGAGACAUUGGAGGCUUACAAGAGAGGAGGUUUGUCCAGCGAUCUCAUUGAAGAGCAAAAGAAGGUGCAGGAAGCAGACUUAAUGAUUUUUCAGUUUCCCUUGUAUUGGUUCAGCAUGCCAGCAAUCAUGAAGGGCUGGAUGGACAGAGUCUUAGUCCAAGGAUUUGCUCAUGAAUUUCCAAACUGUUACGAUUCCGGUUUGCUCAAGAACAAAUUAGCCCUGUUUUCUUUCACCACUGGAGGAAGCAAAGAGAUGUAUGCAAAAGGAAGUAUCAAUGGUGAUAUUCGCUAUCUCUUGUGGCCCAUGCAGCAUGGAAUUAUGCACUUCUGUGGUGUCAAAGUCCUUGCACCUCACAUCUGCUUUGCUCCAGAGUAUGUCUCUGAAGAGAAGAGGAAGGACAUGCUGAUUGCCUGGGCCCAGCGUCUGAAGACUCUUUGGAAGGAAGAACCCAUAAACUGCUCUCCUGAGUGGUAUUUCAAGUAGUGUUCAGGUCCAGGACUACAGAGACAUUUUCUUACCUCCGUUCUUUUUGGUACUUUAUCUCAAUAUCUGAAUGCUAAUCUCUGAAUCCAAAUGUAUUAUAAAUAUCUUGAGUACUAGAGCUAACAGCUUAACUGACAAUAUAGCAUUUAUUUUCACUG